AUGGAGUCCAAAACAAUUCGCAUAGCCUUAGUUUCAGCCCCUGUAUACAGCCAUCUUCGCUCAAUUCUUGAAUUUGCUAAACGAUUAAUUCUACUCGACCAAGAUCUUCAUGUAACUUGCUUAGUUCCUAUUAAUGGUUCUCCAUGCAACAAAACCAAAGCGCUUCUCCAGUCUCUUCCACCAACCAUAGACUAUAUUUUCGUUUCGCCAAAAAACUUGGAGGAUGAGGUACAAGAUACUCACCCUGCAUUCCUAGUUCGAACUUUGAUAACCAGAUCUGUGCCUUUGAUUCACGACGAAGUGAAGAAAUUAAUUUCAAAAUCGAGGCUUAUUGCCAUAAUUUCUGAUGGUAUAAUAACCCAAGUUUUAGAAUUAGUCAAAGAUCUUAAUGUGUUGUCUUAUACAUAUUUUCCCUCCUCAGCUAUGUUACUAGCACUAUGCUUGUAUUCAGAAAAUUUAGAUGAGACAACAACUUCUGAGUACAAAGAUUUAUUAGAGCCUAUAAAGAUUCCGGGUUGCAUUCCGGUUCAAGGAUCGGAUCUGCCUGACCCAUUCAACGAUCGAACUAGCGAAACAUACAAGGAGUUUCUUGAAGGUAGCAGGAGAUUUCUCUUAGCUGAUGGUAUAUUGGUUAAUACAUUUUUUGAUUUGGAAGCAAGCACCAUAAAAGAAUUGCAAGAACAAGAAAGAAGAGGAAUGGUACCUUGUAUUCAUGCAAUUGGACCAUUUGUACAACAUGAGUCUAGUAUGAUUGAGGGAAAUGACAAUAAUACCUUGGAGUGCCUAAACUGGUUGGAUAAGCAACAAGAAAAUUCUGUUUUGUAUGUGUCAUUUGGGAGUGGUGGGACAAUUUCUCAUAAACAAAUCAUUGAGCUUGCAUUAGGAUUAGAACUUAGUGGUCAAAAGUUCUUGUGGCUACUAAAACCACCUAGCAAAUUUGACAUUAUUUUUGACUUUGGGAAUUUUAGUGAGGAUCCUUUAAAAUAUCUACCAAGUGGGUUUUUGGAGAGAACAAAAGAACAAGGAAUUAUUGUUCCAUACUGGGCACCCCAGAUCAAAAUUCUUGGUCAUGCUGCAAUUGGCGGGUACCUAUGCCAUUGUGGAUGGAAUUCAAUUCUUGAAAGUGUUGCUCAUGGAAUUCCAAUGAUUGCAUGGCCACUCUUUGCUGAACAAAGGAUGAAUGCUGCUUUAUUUUGCAAUGGUUUGAAAGUGGCAAUUAGGGCUAAGAUUAAUGAGAUGGGAAUAGUUGAAAGAGGAGAGGUUGCUGAGGUUAUAAAGAAUUUAAUGAUUGGUGAUGAAGGUAAGGAAAUUCGCCAAAGAAUGAGAGAAUUGAAAGGAAGUGCAGAAGAUGCAAUCAAUGAAGGUGGAAGCUCGACAAGAACACUAACACAGUUGGUACUGAAAUGGAAAAACUUAGAAUAG